UUUAAAUUUAUACCACCGUGACCAGUGGAAGUUAAAAAGGUUAUGGAAUGUACCAGAAAUUGAAAUACGAAGUGCGUAAUAUAACUAGACCAACUUCAUAAAAUAUCAUGGCAGCUGGUUAUACCGAUUUGAGGCAAAAGUUGCAAUUUAAGCAAAAAAGUUUCAGAUCCCAAGAAAAGGAAAAGAAGUAUACAAAUUCGCCUCAUCAGUAUUCGCCUUAUCAAAAUGUAGAAGACAAUUUAGUUAUUUUAAAGCAAAUCCACACAGGAAUCCAACAGCGACGACUAUUUGACAAUGAGCAGUGUGCUGCCAUUGAAGAAAAAAUAGAUGAAGUUGUCGAGUUGGCGGAUAAGGGAAAUUAUAAGCCCUGCACGGUAGACAGAGCCCCACUUAGAAACAAAUACUUCUUCGGUGAGGGUUACACGUAUGGCUCACAGCUGUCGAAACGAGGCCCAGGUAUGGAGCGGUUGUAUCCACCAGGUGAAGUGGAUCCUAUACCAGACUGGGUCCACAAGUUGGUCAUCAAACCACUUGUGAAGGCCAAUAUGGUGCCUGAAGGAUUUAUAAACUCGGCUGUCAUCAAUGACUAUCAGCCUGGAGGAUGCAUUGUUUCUCACAUAGAUCCUAUACACAUAUUUGACAGGCCCAUUGUCUCUGUCUCUUUCAUGAGCGACAGUGCUCUGAGUUUUGGCUGCAAAUUCAGUUUCAAACCCAUCCGAGUAUCUAAGCCCAUCUUGUGCCUGCCGCUGUCCAGGGGCUGUGUCACAAUCCUCAGUGGGUUUGCAGCAGAUGAGAUAACGCAUUGUGUACGUCCUGAGGAUACAGUCGCUCGUCGGGCUGUCAUUCUGCUGCGCAGGGUGUUUCCUGAUGCUCCACGGUUGGCUCCUAAUGAGGUUCCACCCCCUCUCAGUGCAACUCCCACAUCACGUUACCAAGAGAUUAAUGGCUUGUCCAGGCCAGGAGAUGGGGGCACUAACUCCCGAAAGAGAGUCGUGGUGGUGAGCAGCUCGCUGCACCCAAGGCACCACUCAGAAGACAGUGAUGCAGGGGAGGAAGACCUGGAAGAUGUGCGACAGCAGCGCGGUAGUAGUAACAAGCGUCGCAGGACCCGCAAGGAGAGCAGCCCUGCAAGUUCCACCAGCAGCCAGCAUGGUGAACACUAGCAUGUAGCCAACAGGUUCUGGAAAAAGUUUUUAUGCAUUCUUUCAUCUGUUAUUUUCACAUGGCCUACUACACUGUGAAGCAGGGGCAGCUGUGUUGCAGGAAGGAGGUGUUAAAUGUGCACUGUAAGAAAUCAUAGUCAGUUGUAUGUGUGUAAGUAUUAUACCAUGUUCUGUUAAUCCUUCUGCUGCUGUUCAGUUAUCCUCUUGUCUCAGUGUUUGUGAAGAGACUUUCGGAUUUAAACUUUGCCCUAAAAACUUGAUGGCCAUUUCCUUUUUUAAUUUGUUUUUAAAAUUCAAUUUGGAGUCAUGUUAAAACUAUAAACUUCUGUAUUAUGUGUCUUAUCAUGACAUAUAAUUGUAUAUUUUUAUGAUCUGUAAAACAGAAAUACUAAUUUCAUACUUAACAUUCACAGGUUGUUUAAUUUCUCUGUAUGAAAAUAGUUGUGUAGGUGGAAGUGAUUUUACCCGAUAUGCAUGCCUUCUUUUUGGCCACGUCUGUUGUUCCGUUAGCUUCCCCCUACUUCACCGUGUAUUGCAGAUGCCAUGUUUACUUCUUUCAUAUUUAUGUUAUACUAUUAUACUGGUUACCAUAGUUUUCAGAAACUUUAACUGCUUGAGAAUAUUUGGAGUAGGAAGCAGGGUAUUAUAAUGAGCAAUUGUUGCAGUAUUGGAUGUCAGUGCCUUCUUGGCACGUUUUGUUUCUUUAUUCUCUGAAGAAGUGCCCACUGCAGUAAUUAAGCAGGAAGUUUGUGUGACUGUACCAUCUAUUUCACCAGUGAUGACCUAAUUAUGUUUUCAGCAUUGAAUGUCGUGGGUGUAAUAAUGUCGAAAGCUAUACAUGUACUCAGCUUCUGCGUUGAUCUGUCAUCUGCUUCCUUUUUAUCACCAGUUUAGUGUGUAACAGGAAACAAGGCACACAAUGCCAUUUAAAAAUGUGUGAUAUAACCGGAACUCUGAAGAAUACUAGUUUAAUGCCGAUUUCAUUUUUUAUAUUUUAAAAAUUAGGGUACUUACAAAAAUAUAAAAUUAAAACAUGCAGAAUAAUUUAUGAGUGAAGCUCCGCCUGGUGUGAAAUGACUGAUGAUCACUGUUGUUCCUUCCCCCCUAUUUGGGGAAACUUGUCUUUGAUUAUAUUUGCAGUAUUUUGGAGGUUGUUUGUGAUUUGUGCUAGUUCAGGGAUUUGAGUCGGUGAAGUUAUAAAUCAUAAUGGUAUUGAAAUUACAGAUAACACAGUUUGGAAUGAAAACAAACAUUCCAAAUUGGGAAAUAGAAAUAUAGUAUAUUAUGGAAGGAAACUAUUGGCCAAUUGAGCAAGUAAUAUUGUGUAAAAUUAGUUAUAGGAAAUAUGCAUGAUGUCAUGGUUUAGAUAAACGUAAGGUUUCAGCUUGCAGCUUGACUGGUGAUAGGGCGGUGUAUUCAGAGUUGUGAAGAAACUUCAAAGAUCAGUGUUUGAUAACAUAAUAACGGAUGGAGUCAUCUUAGCUUAUUUACUCAUAUCAUCAGUUACUUGAUGAUGAUGAUGACGAUGACACAGUUUCAUCAUAUAUGUAGCAACCAGUUUUGUUGGUCGUCUUAGGCACUGGACUGAAAUGUAAUGAAAACUUUUGAUUAGUGUUAACUGGUGUCUAACAAAGUAAUCUUCAGAUAUAAGUUCCAGUUUUAAGUGAAAUUUUGAUAGUGGAUGUUCCCAAAUCAGGGGUUUCAGGUAUUGAAACAUAACAUUCUGAUGUGGAGAAAAAGGGGUAAGAAUUUGUCGUAUUGGAACAAGACCAGGCACCACUUUAUGAUCUUUUUUAAUUUUCUAUGAAAUUAGCUGGUGACUGCUUACAGGAUCAUGAUGGCUAAGAUUCUUAUGUCUGUGCCAUCUCUCCAUCUGCCGGACUAAUGACAUAUGAGGAUUCGCCAAAGGUUAGAAAUUGAUGUCCCACCAUUGGCUAUCUGUAAGCAGAUUCUAACAUCACGGAAAUAUUACACACAUGGGGACCAUUAAAUGUCUUUUUGUUAGAAAUAUUUUUACCUUUAAAUUUUUCCUACUGUAAAACGACUUACUUUUUUGCCUGCUCAUUUUUGUACCAAGAUAAUGGAGCAACAUGCAGCGAAGGCUCGACGUCCUGUUUGAUGGAUGAAUAAUCAUAAGGAUUGGUUUCAUUCAUUUAUAUAUUUGAGGAAGUAGGGACUAGCGUUUGCAGAAAUAAAACUAUUUGUGGGCAUUGGAAGUAUAAUUGUGGAAAUCACAGGAAAUCUUUGAUUUCCAUACAAUUACAGAAUAUCCUGUGUUAUUUGUAGAUGUAUUAAUAUAGUAGGGCAUUCCUUUCAGUGGCUGGUGUAACCACAGUUUUUACAGACAGUAUUUUAAAAUGCACAUGAAUCUUCAUUCAUUAUCUAUGUUAGAGUGCAUUUCAUUCCAGUAGACUCCUCAGGCCGCGGUACUGGUAAGAAAAGCAUCUUGUCUGUGAUGAGCCGUUCUGUGUAGUAGCGUCAGGGGUUGAAGGUCACCUGCUAACUCGUUGCAUCCUCAAGAAAUUGUGUGAGGCACUGCAAAAACACAUUGAAAAUGUGGAAGAAGGAUGUGGGCUCUGAAGGUGACUAUUUUCUGGCAUCUUGUGCUGUGUAGUCUCAUUGAUGAGGAGGCUACAUACUGCAACAUCCCAGAAGACAGUUGUCUUCAUAUUCGUUGCCGUGAGAACCUGAAACCUCAUGAUGUGGCUUUUGUUCACAAGUAUUCGUAUGUAUGAUAACAUAUGACUGUAUUAAAUUUCAUUAUUGUUAAGUAAUGAGAAUGUAAAAGAAAUUCAUUAUAAAUAUUCUUGCUUUGAUCUGAGAGUUCUGAAAUCUUAACAACCAGUUGUAAAAGAAUCUGAAUAGUUAUGUCAGAAUCAGUAAGCAGGGUUUGUUGAUGAAAACACCUGCAAAUAUUGAUUGGUAUUGUUCAUCCAUUUUGUUCACUUAUUCAUUAAUUUGCGUGUUCAUUUCUUUAUGUAUUUGAAAUCAGCCAUACUGUUUACUAGUCCCCAGUUUUAUCCAUCAGUUGGCUCUGUUUAGAUUAUGCUCUAACACAAACUCUGGAACUUCAUAUGAAACUUUCUUGUUUCUGACUAUACAAGUUUAAAUUUGAAUGAGUGUAAGUAAUUAGAAAAUAUUUGAUGUUUUGUAUUUUGCAGUUAUGUGAAAAGUACUUUAACUGAGUAAAUUAAGAUGUUAGUGGGCAAUACACUGACAUACAUCAUACAAUUCUUUACUAGGGGAAGACAAAGAUACACAUGCUCCUUUAACUAUGUCAAAUAUCAGAAGUUGAUGUGACAACAGUUUGUCCGGAUUAACUGAGGAGUUGAUAAACGUUUUGGUUAUUGAACUGUGGCUUGUGUAAUAUGUUUUGCUUUGUAUUACUGUACCUCAUGUGCAAACAAGAUUUUUAAGAGUAUGGAGUUCCAGUGUUUAUAGCCAUAAUCCGUUAUCCACCAAAACUAUUGUUUUGUUCAUUUUUAUAUUUAGUUUAUUGAAUCAACAGAAUCAUGCAAGUGGAAAGUCUGAAGGGCAGAAGCAUUCGCAGAGGCAAGAUGAUUGAAAUGGGAGAAGUGUAUCAAAUGUUUGAAGUUGUAAUUCUUUUUGCCAUGUGUCUGUGCCUUCCUUUUUAUAAACAAGUGUUAUGAGAGAAGUAAGCUGGUAUAUUAAGGCAAGCAACUUGUUACCAAUUGUGAAAGUAUUGUAUUGUUGUAAAUAUUGUAAUGAAUCCUGAACAUUGUGGUUUUAGUGUACAUUGUGCAGAUUGUUGGAGAGACCUCAUUACAUUUGGUGGUUUGUGAUGAGGUUCUGUUGUGCCUGGCAAGUCAGACAAAGUAGCCACUUCAAGGUGUUGUAAAUUUAUUAAGUCAUUGUAGUAGUCCUGAUGCUCGGAAGGAUCAUGGAUACCACUAAUAUUAUGUUUUUUUUAUCUAAUUUAGCGCAUGGAGCAGAAUCCUUCUUGAGCAGCUGAUAGUUACUCAGCUAGUGAACAAACUCCCCACUUUUCAUACUGGGUUUGGCAGAGAAGGCUGACAUUUUCAUUUGUAAAUAAAUUCUGUCAUUGAGUAAAGACAUACAAACAUGUAACAGAAAUCUUAGAAAUUAAGUAUUGUCUGUGUGUGUGUAUACACACACACAUACUGUUCACAUUUUGGAAACUUAAUGCAGUAAAUGUAACCCCACCCCCACCCCCCCCUCUCUGAAGUGAUGCACUCUAAGAGGCACUAAGUGAAACACGCAACGCAUUGUGAAUCGCUUCUCUGGUACUGGCUUUUAGUUGAUCCAAAAUUGUGGGCAUCAUCUCAAAUGUACAACUCUUAAGGUAUCCCCAUAGAAUUAUAGUUUGGGCUGAGAAAUCAGGAGAUCUUGGCAGCAAGUUUAAAUUAUGAAUCCAUGAGAUUAGAUGAUGCUGAAACAUUUCACACAGUUUCUCCUCACUCACUCAUGUAGUAUGUGAUGUGGUGCUAUCUUGCUGGAACCACACUGUCAUGUGUGUUCCCAACCAAAUUCCCAUACCUAUGGCCUCUUUAAACCUCUACUCUUCAUAUUCUUGUAUACUCUUCAACAUAAAAAUGUCAGUCUUUGCUGGACCCUGCACAGUCUGAAGGUUUAUUACUGUGGUCACAAGAAUUUGCCAUUGGACCCUGUCCUGAUCCAGUUCAGUCUAGUCCAAAUCUUAACCCAUGUUUCCAUAAAGUCUAUUUGAAACUCAUAAAUCCUGUCUACAAAUUUUAUCAAAACGUGGGUGCAAGGCUUGGCCUAACUCUUGAGCAAUGAACAAAAAUUCAGAAUCUUGGAGAAGAGAGUGCUGAACAGAAUAUUACGUGUGAGGAAGCAACACAGAAUUUAAAUAAAUUUCAUAAUAAAGGCUUCAUAUUUUGUGUUCUUCACCUGAUGUUGCACAGAAAAAUUACAGAUGAAUUUAAAUUCCAAAACGAAUUUUCCUGGACAUUUAUUUUCACUCAGGUAUAAACUGAUAUAAAAGUAAAUGUGUGAAAAAUGUAUGUAUCAUAAAGAAGUAUAACAUUUUACUCAGUGGAGUAUAGAACAGGAAUUCUAGUGAAGCAGACCUCCGUUGAUGUCUCGUGUGUAACUUGGUGUCAUAUUUCAACCAGUGAUGUGGGUGAAAUGAUGGGCAUAAAACCCUGUAAGGUGUCACAUAGGCAUACAUGUAUAAAAUGCCUAGAAUAUCUUCUCUCAGAGAAGCCCAUGAAAAGAUUAGAUUGCAUAGUUUUUCAUCUUUUAAGAAUUAUUGCCUUUUUAAAGGGGACAUUAAAAUAUACAGAAUGACAAUAAGUAUGUUAUAUAUUUGUAUCCACAUCCUUCCAGUUUCAUGUGACAAAGUAAUUUUUUAGUUUUGUUACUACUACUGUCUGACUUGACCUGAUAACUUUGUAAUGUAUAUCUACAUGCCUCACUCUUGAACACGGACUGUUGUGAUGUUUUUA